AACAUCAUUGUAAAGGGAACCUCGAGACGAGGCUCCAGGUACCGAUCGUUCGACCCUCGUGUACCGGCCCAGUGAUCGCUCGCACCAUCCUGCUUCCAGCAAUCCGCGAUGUAAAUCAGAAGUGGUACCUGGCCUGGCGCCGGCGUGACUUGUACCCCGCUCGGCGCUACCUCGAAAUUUCCCUCCCGCACACGUCCCGUCCCCAGCAAACUGGGGUUCCGAAGGAAUUCAAUUGGGCUUCAAAUGCCGGCGCAGAGGUUCAGCCAGGGUUCUACGUAGUCCGUGAGGGGUACCUAUGACGACGUCUUUACCUCGCGGACGGAAGUUGUAGGUACAAGUACAAGGGCAUGGACGGCGCUGUCAUCGGGAAUAUCCACGCUGGUGCACACCUCGUGCUGAGUCAAUUGCCUGUUGUCUGGAAAGUUAUCGUCAUAACGACAACGACCAUGUCGAGCGUUGUUCCCGUCGAUUUGCUGGCGGCCGCUACGAACCCGCUGUAUUUCCAGAAUCUCAUAACGACGAACGCGUCGGAUCCCUCUACCAUCGCGCUAUUGAGCUACAACGAUACAUUCCGCAACAAUGUCCUGGGUGAAAAUGCCACCGCAAGGAGACUGUAUAACCUAGACUGGCAGGCUUUCCAUGAGAUGGGUACCUACAACCGCAAGACCAACAGCAUCUACGUGACGAGCAACUACCAGUCGCUGGACAAUCCCAUCAACGUCACCGUCAUUGAUCUGGGCAACGACUACGCCUUCUCCUCGACACGCUACACGAAUCUGGCGGAGGCCAACGGCGGCACAAACUGGUACCCUCCCGGCUCCACGCAGGACAACAGCACCACACCGCCCAACCUGCUUUUCUGCGACGAAGGCGACUUCGACCGUUACUCCGGCCUCGUCAGCGUCGACCCGUCCACCAACGAAUCCACCGUCAUUCUCAACUCCUUCCUCGGCCGCAACUUCUCCUCCGUCAACGACGUCCGCCAGCACCCGGAGACAGGCGACAUCUGGUUCACCGACGCGCCCUACGGCUUCUGGCAGAACUUCCGCCCAAAAACGCAAAUUCCCUCCCAGGUGUACCGCUUCGAGCCCGCCACGGGGAACAUCCAGGUCGUCGCCGACGGCUUCAUCGCGUCCAACGGGCUGGAAUUCUCGCCCGACCUAAAGACGCUGUAUGUCACCGACACCGGCGCGCAGCAGUCCCUCGUCGGCGGCCUGAACGGCACGCGCCCCGCGAGUAUCUAUGCGUUCGACGUCGUUGAUGGCCGGCGCCUGGACAAUCGGCGUACGUUUGCGUGGGUGGAGAAUGGGUUCCCCGACGGGAUCCAUACGGAUACGCAGGGGAAUGUGUGGGCGGGGUGUGGGGAUGGCCUGCAUGUGUGGAACGAGGAAGGGAGGUUGCUGGGCAAGGUGUGGAACGGGGUUGAGAGCAAUAAUUUUGCGUUUAUUCCCGGAGGCGUGUUGGUGUUUAGUAAUGCGCAACUGUGGAUUGUGGAGGGUAUCAAGGCGGUCGGGAGGGAAAUUUGUAGGGAUUUUGGGGUGUGCGAGUAGGAAGGCUAUAAAAUUUGGCGAAAGUUGCUGUCGUGAGGUAUGCUAGAAUGAUCUGGAUUGCCUCCGCAGAAGAGCAGAUACUAUUGCAGAUUCCAAAUAGUCAUACGCUCUAUCGGUUCCAUCGCUAUCGCUGAUUAGCAAAUCAAAGUAGACUCA